AUGGCAUUUUAGUCACAAUUUACGUUUCAAGGGAAGAUAAUCAUAUCAUAUCACCAGAGAGAGAUUAAGCUCUAAAUUUUCUCCUUAAUGUGAAAGGAGUCAAAUUUCUCUUCAAGUAGGAACAAGAAGCUUCUUCUACUUCUGUGUGUGUGUGUGUGUUUUCAGAUGUAAACACACAAAUACUCAAAAGCUCUCUGUUUUGUGGAUCUGUUCUUCUCUUUUUUCUUUUUUUUUUUGGGAUUUGCAUCUCUUUCUUUUGACUCGUUUUUCUCUGUUGAAGAUGAGACAAAGGUUUUGACUUUUUGAUCCUUCCCUUUGUUCAACUGUUUGGAAUCGAUGAUUUUGACUUGUGGGUUCUGUUUCUGGUAAAUCCCAGGUUCCUAAAGUCGUGACCUUUGUUACUCAAAAUCCAAAUUUAGGUUUCAUUUGAAAACCAGUUAGGGAUUUUUCGAUGCAUAUCUCACUCUGGAAGCCACUUUACCACUGUGCUGCUGCUCUUGUUCUCGACAAGAAGAGUACCAGCAGGAGCCGAGAUGUCUCCGAGUCCACAAAGGCCCUGACUUUACGCAAACUCCACGAAUCCAAGCUCAGAGAAGCUCUCGAAGAGGCAUCAGAAGAUGGCCUACUCAUCAAAUCUCAAGUCAUCGAAGAAGAAGAAGACCACCACGAGCCUCAAGACCAAACCCUCGGACGCUCGAGAUCGCUCGCUAGGCUCAACGCUCAGCGCGAGUUCCUCCGCGCUACUUCCCUCGCAGCUCAAAGAGCUUUCGAAUCAGAGGAAGCUCUCCCUGAUCUCCAAGAGGCCUUAGCCACGUUCUUGACAAUGUAUCCGAAGUAUCAGUCUUCUGAGAAAGUGGACCAGCUGAGAAACGAUGAGUACUUCCAUUUGUCGUUACCGAAGGUAUGUCUCGACUACUGCGGGUUCGGGCUCUUCUCGUAUCUUCAGACCGUUCAUUACUGGGACACUUGCACUUUUAGUUUGUCGGAGAUUAGUGCUAAUUUAAGCAACCAUGCUUUGUACGGUGGCGCUGAGAGAGGCUCCAUAGAGCAUGAUAUCAAGAUUAGGAUCAUGGACUACUUGAACAUCCCUGAGAGUGAGUACGGUCUUGUCUUCACUGUUAGUAGAGGCUCCGCUUUCAAGCUGCUUGCUGAGUCUUAUCCCUUUCACACGAACAAGAAGCUUUUGACCAUGUUUGAUCACGAGAGCCAGUCGGUUAGCUGGAUGGGUCAGUGCGCUAAGGAGAAAGGCGCAAAGGUUGGUAGCGCUUGGUUUAAGUGGCCGACGCUUAGGCUGUGUUCGAUGGAUCUUAAGAAGGAGAUUCUGAGUAAGAAGAAGAGGAAGAAGGAUGCAGCUACCGGUUUGUUUGUGUUCCCGGUUCAGUCGAGGGUCACGGGUUCUAAGUACUCUUACCAGUGGAUGGCGUUGGCUCAGCAGAAUAAUUGGCAUGUGUUGCUUGACGCUGGUGCUUUAGGUCCUAAGGACAUGGACUCGCUCGGCUUGUCUUUGUUCCGUCCUGAUUUCAUCAUCACUUCGUUUUACCGUGUGUUUGGGUAUGAUCCGACUGGUUUUGGCUGUCUGUUGAUUAAGAAGUCUGUGAUUAGCUGCUUGCAGAGUCAAUCAGGGAAGACGUGUUCAGGGAUUGUGAAGAUAACGCCCGAGUAUCCUCUCUAUCUAAGUGACUCCAUGGAUGGUUUGAGCGGGAUCGAACACAAUGAUAUCGCUGUUAACGGGGAUGAUAAAGCCGUGGGAACUCAGCUGCCUGCGUUCUCUGGUGUUUACACUUCUGCUCAAGUGCAGGAUGUGUUUGAGACGGAUAUGGAUCAUGAGGUUGGUUCGGAUAGAGAUGGAACGAGCACUGUGUUUGAGGAAGCUGAGAGUAUCUCAGUGGGUGAGUUGAUAAAGAGUCCUGUUUUUAGUGAAGAUGAGUCAACGGAUAGCCAGCUCUGGAUCGAUUUGGGUCAGAGUCCUGCUGCUGAUUCUGAUAACAAGCAGAAGAGUCCCUUGCUUGUGGCUCCACAAAGCCACAAACGGAGGAUCUCGCCUAGACCGAAGGAUAGUAGUAAUGGUAGUAACGGUGGGAGGCAUGUUCUCUCGUUUGAUGCUGCUGUUUUGUCAGUAUCACAAGAAGUAGCUGACACUAGUCAUGUGUUGCGCGUUAAUGAGAUUGAAGAAGAAGAAGAAGAAGAUGGAGGGAGCAGCAGUAAGAUGAUUUCUGAAGGAAAUGGAAAUGGGAAUGGUUUUUCAACCUCUGGAAUCAAAGAGAGUGCGAUAAGAAGAGAAACAGAAGGCGAGUUUAGGCUGCUAGGGAGAAGGGAGAAGAGUCAGUACAAUGGUGGGAGAGUUCUUGUGAACGAAGAUGAACAUCCCAGUAAACGAAGAGUAUCUUUCAGAUCAGUAGAUCAUGGAGAAGCAUCGGUGAUCAGCUUUGAAGAUGAUGAAGAAGAAGAAGAUGGAAGCAAUGGAGGAGCAGAAUGGGAUGAUGAUCAGAGAGAACCAGAGAUCGUUUGCCGUCACAUUGAUCAUGUGAACAUGUUAGGUCUCAACAAGACCACCUCGAGACUCCGGUACCUCAUUAACUGGCUUGUGACUUCUCUGCUCCAGCUAAGGCUGCCUAGAUCAGACCCCGGUGGAGAGCACAAGAAUCUUGUUCAAAUCUACGGUCCAAAGAUCAAAUACGAGCGAGGAUCAUCCGUGGCGUUUAACGUAAGGGAUUUGAAGAGUGGGAUGGUUCAUCCUGAGAUAGUGCAGAAGCUAGCUGAAAGAGAAGGUAUAUCUCUAGGCAUUGGUUACCUCAGUCACAUAAAGAUCGUCGAUAAUCGAAGAAGCGAAGAUUCGAGUUCUUGGAAACCAGAUGGAAGGAACAACAACGGGUUCAUAAGAGUUGAGGUUGUCACAGCUUCACUUGGGUUCUUAACAAACUUUGAAGAUGUUUACAGAUUAUGGAGUUUCGUGGCAAAGUUCUUGAGUCCAGGCUUUGCUAAACAAGGGACACUCCCAACAGUUAUUGAAGAAGAUGACUCUUCAGAAACUUAGAAGAAGACAUGAGCAAUGAAUACAUUUUGUUUUGCUACACUUCCUUUACUGUACUUAUCUGAGAGCAUUCACAUGUAUGAUUCUGGCAAGUUAUGUGAACAGAGACGAUCCCAGAAAAGUUUGCAGCUGUAACUGUUCAUUUAUUUUC